CUGAGAUCAGGAUCAGAAAGCAUGGCAAUCAGUGAGCUGGCUGUAGGAUUUAUCUUCUUGUCUCAGACUGUGAUUGGAGUUGUGGGAAAUUUCUCUUUUCUCUACCACUAUUUGUUUUUUUACCUCUUAGGGUCCAGGUUAAGGUCCACAGACGUGAUUCUAAUCCACUUGACUGUAGCCAACAUCUUAACUCUGCUGUGUAAAGGAGUUCCCCAGACAAUUUCAGCUUUUGGUUCAAAAGACUUUCUCAAUGAUAUUGGAUGCAAACUGGUUUUCUCCUUUCACAGAGUGGGCAGGGGCGUGGGUGUUGGCAGCACCUCCUUCCUCAGUGUCUUCCAGGCCACCAGCAUUGGGCUCAGGAACUCCAGGUAUUCAGACCUUAAAUUGAAAACACACAAGUGCAUUUGCUAUUCUGUGUACCUGAGCUGGAUCCUUCACUUUCUUAUAAGCAGUGUAAAUUUUAUUCACAUGAGGGCAAAAUACAGAAAUGAAAGCACAACAAACCUAAAAUCUUUUCUAUACUGCUAUUGGGACUGUCGUGACAAAACCAGGGACACGUUGUAUGCAGCGUUGCUGUCAAUUCCAGACAUUAUUUUUCUAGGGCUCAUGGUCUGGGCCAGCAGCUAUAUGGUUCUCAUCCUAUAUAGGCAUAAACAGAAGAUGCAACAGAUGCCCAGAAACAAGGUAUCCUCAAAAUCUUCUGAGUCCAGAGCAACCAAAACCAUUCUCCUUCUGGUUAGUACCUUUGUUUCUUUUUACACAUUUUCAUCCCUCUGUCAGCUCUUUGGGGCUUUAUUGUACAAGCCCAGUUGGUCUUUGGUGAAUGUGACUGCAAUGGCCUCUCUGCUUUUCCCUGUUGUUUGUCCCUUUCUGCUCAUGAGCCGUGACUCUCGGGUGUCCAGCUUUUGCUUACUCUCAGCAAGGAAUAGAGUUUUUCCCAGAGGCUCUGAUGAUGAGCUUAAUUGA